AAAAGAAACAAACAAUUAUUGAACCAAAAUGGAGGAUAUCAAAUUAGUUCAACGAUUUCUGAAUGAUAUGCAGCAUAUCAAGGACUUUGAGCAUUUUAAAAACGCAACUGGUCUCCCCAGCAAGCAAAUCAACGCCAUAGAAAUUAACAAAGUGAAGAGACGACGUUUCAAUCCGCUGGAUGAAAUGAAUGAAAUUGAGUUCCGUAAAAAAUAUCGCUACACAAAAGAGAAUAUGCGGCGUAUUAUUGAAAUUGUGCGCGACGAUCUGGAAGUUGACUACUUUGAGUCAAUGAAAAGAAAUCAAGUGCCCAUCGACCUGCAAAUUUUAUCGGCCAUUCGAUUCUUCGGUGGCACGGAGCAUCCCCAACUGACGGCAAUGGCGCAUGGGGUCACACUGCACACACUGGCAAAGAUAACACGUCGUGUUGCCUCCGUGCUGUCAUCGAAGGCUUCCAGCUAUAUUCGAAUGCCGACAACGCUCUCCGAAAAGGAACGCAUGAUGCGCUCCUUUCAGGCGCUAUCGAAUAUGCCCCAAGUGAUUGGGGCUCUCGUCCAAACCACUGUGCACUUACAGCUGGAAAGCUCGCGGGCGCAGGCUAACCGAAGCGCUUACAGUGGAACCGAAUCUGAAUCAUCGGUGCCAACCGAGGAACUGUUGCAUUUGCAGCUGGUUUCAGAUGGCGAAUUUAAGAUCAGGGAUCUGGACAUACAUCUCUCGGAGGAGCUUGAUCUCAACAAUGCGUCUGAGCUGUUUUCGCUAUCACGAAUUAAAGAACGUUUUGAACAGAAUGAAUUCCGUGGACGCAUUUUAUUGGGCAAUGAUUCGCUUUCUUGCUCCAACAGUCUCUUCACACCCGUGCAGCAUCCAAAAACCAAGUCUGAAGAGCUUUAUAAUCAUGCACAUGCACUCACUUUUGCGCCGGCCAUUAAAUGUCUCAAUAUAUGGAUGCGUCGCUUUGGAAUUCUCGACAGUGAACUUUUGGGCACAUUUGGAUCUGCAAAGCAAACAAUUACCGCAUUGGCUCUGCUUCAUAAUAUGGCAAUGGAGUGGAACGAUCCAAGUAUAGAUGCCGAUAGCAUUAUCUCAUUCUACAAGCCCAACUUUUUAAGUUAUGCCCCUGGUAUAUCGCUGGUCGAAGAACAACGUAAUAGAAAGUAUUUUAUUAAAUCACAUUUCGCCAGCAACUAAACAUUAUUAAUCCAUAAAUGGAAAGAAUAUUAAUUUGUAUAAAACUUAAUUUUACUCAAUUAAUUUUAAGCAAGUAAUGUUAAUUUAAAUUAUACUAUUUAAUAUAUGUGCAAUCUACACUAACACUUUUAUUAUACAUUUUGAAUAAUAAUAUAAAUGUAAUUUUGAAAUAUAGGAUCCACAC